AUGCAGUCAGCCAACAACCCCAUCUCCCACCACACCAGCCACACCAUGGGCCAAGGUGCUGCUAGUAGCAACAGCGGCGACAAUCGCAGCGGAGGCAAUUGCUUGGAUCACCAUACGAACCAUUCAAUUGGCGCCGCCAGCAGUGACUUGGUGGCCCUUGGGGGGGAUGGGGUUGUUGAAGUCUCGGAUGGAGAGACUGGAGACGAUCAAGGCUGUGUUUUGGAAACCUCCGUAACGGGUCUUGAUGUCAACGAAUUACACCCAAUUGCUCCAACCAUCAGCAGUGAAUCGGAGAACUCUGACUCUGCCAGCGAUGGUCGCAGCUCGGGAGCAACAUCUGUACGGUCCACUGGUAGUUUGAAUAACUUCAGCAUCAUCGACACGACUCUGCGCGAGGGAGAGCAAUUUGCAACGGCCUAUUUUGACACUGCUACCAAGAUCAAGAUCGCGCAGGCCUUGGAUGAUAUCGGAGUUGAAUACAUCGAAUUGACUUCGCCUGCUUCGUCUAUGCAGUCCAGGCUGGACUGUCAAGCUAUCUGCAAGCUGGGUCUCAAGGCCAAGAUUCUGUGCCAUAUUCGAUGCAACAUGGACGAUGCUAGGAUCGCCGUCGAAACAGGUGUCGAUGGAAUCAACAUGUGUAUCGGCACUUCUACCCAGCUCAUGAAGCAUUCCCACGGAAAGGACCUGGACUGGAUCGCCGCCAAGGCAAAGGAGGUCAUUGAAUUCACCCAAGCCCACGGCCUUGAGGUUCGUUUCUCCGGCGAGGACUCGUUCCGCUCCGACUUCAAUGAGAUUCUGAAGCUCUACUCGCUCAUGGACCGUCUCGGGGCACACCGCGUAGGAAUUGCUGACACCGUGGGUGGCGCAAGCUCUCGUGAGGUCUUUGAAAAGAUCUACAUGCUCAGACAGAUGGUCAACUGUGAUAUCGAAACGCACUUCCACGAUGAUACUGGAUGUGCUGUCGCCAACGCCUACACUGCGCUUGAAGCUGGAGCUACGCACAUUGACACUACGGUUUUGGGAAUUGGAGAGAGGAACGGCAUUACGUCCUUGUCUAAACUCCUGCGGUGUAUGCUUCAAAUGAAGCACGAGUACGUCUCGGUCAAGUACAAUCUUGAUGAGCUUCCUGCUCUUGAGCAGCUGGUAGCUGAAGCAGUUGAUAUACAGAUUCCCUGGAACAACCCUUCGCUCCGGGCAUUCCUCUAG